AUGGGCGUGUACAUCACAUCGCUUCUACUCCCACGGACCAGUGCAAGUCCGGAACACCCGUUAGGAAUGACCAUACCGGCUGAGGGGGUUAGUGUAGCCGCGGCGAUUGUGCUGGAAAUGAUGGCCACUUUUAUGCUGGAAUUGACUAUACUGGUCUCAGCGGAUGCAAAAGUGCCGGAUGUGGAGAUGGGUGAGAGAACGACCAUAUUUGUUGGCUGUUCUUUUGCUGUCAUGACUGCCAGUGUGGGUCCCCUGACCGGAUGCAGUCUCAAUCCGGCUCGAAGCCUGGCACCGGCACUGUUGGCAAAGUCCUUUAAUAACCAAUGGAUUUAUGUAGUCGGUCCCGUUGCCGGUGGAAUCUUGGCAGCACUCGUUCAUCAAGCCAUCAUACAUCCGAUAAAUCCGUGUUCACGAGCGCAAAAUCUUUGCCCGUCAGAACGAGAAUAA